AUGAACCGAGCCAAGCCCGCCACGACCCGGCGGCCCAGCGCCGUGGCCAAGCCUUCGAGCCACCCUCCUCCCGGGGACUUCAUCGCCCUGGGCUCCAAGGGCCAGGCGGGCGAGGCCAAGGCGGCGGCCACCCUCCUGAAGCCCGCUCCCUCCGGGCUGCCCUCCGAGCGCAAGCGGGAGGCGGCCGCGGGCCUGGCCGCAGGCUCGGGCCUCGCCAAGCGGCCCAAGCUGGCCUCCACCCCACCGCUCAGCGCCCUGGGACGCCUGGCCGAGGCCGCCGUCGCCGAGAAGCGGGCCAUCUCCCCCUCCAUCAAGGAGCCGUCCGUCGUGCCCAUCGAGGUCCUCCCCACUGUGCUGCUGGACGAGAUCGAGGCCGCGGAGUCAGAAGGCAACGACGACAGGAUCGAGGGGGUGCUGUGUGGGGCCGUGAAGCAGCUGAAAAUGAACCGAGCCAAACCGGACACCACCCUGUACUUGAGCCUGAUGUACCUGGCAAAAAUCAAGCCCAACAUAUUUGCCACAGAAGGGGUUAUCGAGGCGCUGUGCAGCCUCCUCCGUCGCGACGCCUCCAUCAACUUCAAGGCCAAAGGGAACAGCCUGGUGUCCGUGUUAGCCUGUAACCUCCUCAUGGCCGCCUACGAAGAGGACGAGAACUGGCCGGAGAUCUUCGUGAAGGUUUACAUCGAAGAUUCUUUGGGGGAGCGGAUCUGGGUGGACAGCCCGCACUGCAAGACAUUUGUGGACAACAUCCAGACGGCGUUCGGCACCAAGAUGCCCCCCAAGAGCAUGUUGCUGCAGGGGGAAGUGGGGCGCGGUGGAGGCGACCUCAGUGCAGGGAGCAGUCCUCACCCCUCCCUGACAGAGGAAGAGGACAGUCAGACCGAGCUGCUCAUUGCCGAGGAGAAGCUGAGUCCAGAGCAGGAAGGUCAGCUGAUGCCCAGGUACGAUGACCUGGCCGAGAGCGUGGAGGAGUACGUCCUGGACAUGCUGCGCGACCAGCUGAACCGCCGCCAGCCCAUGGACAACGUGUCGAGGAACCUCCUGCGGCUCCUCACGGCCACCUGUGGCUACAAGGAAGUGCGGCUGAUGGCCGUGCAGAGGCUAGAGAUGUGGCUGCAGAACCCCAAGCUGACCAGACCAGCCCAGGAUCUGCUGAUGUCCGUCUGCAUGAACUGCAACACCCAUGGCUCGGAGGACAUGGAGGUCAUUUCCAACCUGAUCAAGAUCCGCCUGAAGCCCAAAGUUCUCCUCAACCACUACAUGCUGUGUGUCAGGGAGCUCCUGAAUGCCCACAGGGACAACCUGGGCACGAUGGUCAAGUUUGUUGUUUUCAACGAACUGUCGAACGCAAGAAACCCCAACAAUAUGCAGAUCCUUUACACUGUGCUGCAGCACAGUUCCGAGCUGGCUCCAAAGUUCCUAGCGAUGGUGUUCCAGGACCUGCUGACUAAUAAGGACGAUUACCUCCGGGCUUCCCGGGCCCUGCUCCGGGAGAUCAUCAAGCAGACCAAGCAUGAGAUUAACUUCCAGGCCUUCUGCCUGGGGCUCAUGCAGGAACGGAAGGAGCCGCAGUACCUGGACAUGGAGUUCAAGGAGCGCUUUGUGAUCCACAUAACUGACUUGCUGGCCGUGUCAAUGAUGCUGGGGAUAACAGCCCAAGUGAAGGAAGCCGGGAUCGCGUGGGACAAAGGCGAGAAAAAGAAUCUGGAGGUGCUGCGCUCAUUCCAGAACCAGAUUGCCGCUAUCCAGCGGGAUGCCGUCUGGUGGCUUCACACGGUUGUGCCGUCCAUCAGCAAGCUGGCACCUAAGGACUACGUUCACUGCCUCCACAAGGUGCUGUUUACCGAGCAGCCAGAGACUUACUACAAGUGGGAUAAUUGGCCCCCUGAAAGUGACCGCAAUUUCUUUCUGCGCCUUUGCUCAGAGGUGCCAAUCCUGGAAGAUACGCUCAUGCGUAUCUUGGUGAUCGGGCUGUCCCGGGAGCUCCCGCUGGGGCCUGCGGACGCCAUGGAACUCGCCGACCAUCUGGUGAAGCGAGCUGCAGCCGUGCAGGCUGACGAUGUGGAGGUUCUCAGGGUGGAGAGGAUUCAGCUGAUCGACGCUGUCCUGAAUCUGUGCACCUACCACCAUCCGGAGAACAUCCAGCUCCCACCAGGAUACCAGCCUCCAAACCUCGCCAUUUCCACGCUCUACUGGAAGGCUUGGCCCCUCUUGCUCGUGGUGGCUGCUUUUAACCCUGAAAACAUAGGGUUGGCAGCCUGGGAAGAGUAUCCCACGCUGAAGAUGCUCAUGGAAAUGGUCAUGACAAAUAAUUACUCAUAUCCCCCCUGCACCCUGACGGACGAGGAGACUCGGACAGAGAUGAUUAACCGGGAGCUCCAGAUCUCUCAGAGGGAGAAGCAGGAGAUUCUGGCAUUUGAGGGGCAUCUGGCCGCCGCAUCGACCAAGCAGACCAUCACGGAGAGUAGCAGCCUCCUCCUGUCUCAGCUUACCAGCCUGGACCCCCAAGGCUCUCCUCGCAGACCCCCGCCUCACGUCCUGGAGCAAGUGAAGGGCCUGAACCAGUCUCUCCGCCUCGGUCACCUCCUGUGUCGUAGUCGCAACCCAGACUUCCUGCUCAACAUCAUCCAGCGACAGGCCUCUUCCCAGUCCAUGCCAUGGCUAGCCGACCUGGUCCAGUCCAGCGAGGGUUCGUUGGACGUGCUCCCGGUACAGUGUCUGUGUGAAUUCUUGUUGCACGAUGCGGCUGAUGAUGCCACCUCUGGGGAGGAGGAGGACGAAGGAGAGAGCAAAGAGCAGCGAGCCAAGAAACGCCAGAGGCAGCAGAAGCAGCGGCAACUGCUGGGUCGCCUCCAGGACCUGCUGCUGGGUCCCAAGGCUGAUGAGCAGACCACGUGCGAGGUGCUGGAUUACUUCCUGCGUCGCCUCAGCUCCUCCCAAGUGGCAUCCCGGGUGCUGGCUAUGAAGGGGCUUUCCCUGGUGCUGUCAGAGGGUGGCCUGCGGGACGGAGAGGAGAAAGACCAUCCCAUGGAGGAGGACUCCGGGGACUCGGAAUUGUUGCAGGGCUACCAGUGGCUGCUCAGAGAUCUGCCCAGGCUGCCGCUCUUUGACAGCGUGAGGGCAUCGACUGCCCUGGCCCUACAGCAGGCUAUCCACAUGGAGACCGACCCUCAAACCAUCAGUGCCUACUUGGUGUACCUGUCCCAGCACGCCCCAGUGGAGGAACAGGGCCAGCACAAUGACCUCGCUCUGGACGUGGCCCGGCUAAUCGUUGAGCGUUCCACCAUCAUGUCCCACCUGUUCUCGAAGCUGUCGUACAGCGCCGAGUCGGACGCGGUGCUGGUCGCCCUGCUGUCCAUCUUCUCGCAUUACGUGAGACGCAUGCGCAAAAGCAAGGAGGGCGAGGAGGUGUACAGCUGGUCAGAAUCCCAGGACCAAGUGUUUCUUCGCUGGACCAGCGGGGAGACAGCCACCAUGCAUAUCCUCGUGGUCCACGCCAUGGUCAUCCUCCUGACCCUCGGGCCACCGCACUCUGGCGACAGUGAAUUCCACACACUGCUGGACAUCUGGUUUCCGGAGAAAAAGCCCCUCCCCACAGCCUUCCUGGUGGACACGUCUGAGGAGGCCCUGCUGCUUCCCGACUGGCUGAAGCUGCGCAUGAUCCGCUCCGAGGUCCCACGUCUGGUGGAUGCUGCAUUACAGGACCUGGAGCCUCAGCAGCUGCUCCUGUUCGUCCAGUCCUUCGGCAUUCCCGUCUCCAGCAUGAGUAAACUCCUGCAGUACCUGGACCAGGCCGUGUCCCACGACCCCCAGACCUUGGAGCAGAACAUCAUGGACAAGAAUUACAUGGCUCAUCUGGUAGAGGUUCAGCACGAGAGAGGAGCGACUGGAGGCCAGACAUUCCACUCCCUGCUCACUGCUUCCCUGCCCACCCGCAGAGACAGCAUGGAUGCAUGCAGGCCAAAAGCCAGCCCAGAGCACCCGCAAGGGCCUGGCAGGAUUCGAGCUUUGACCCAGAUCCGGGCGGUGGGCCCAGAGGAUGACCUGGCUGGCAUGCUCUUACAGCUCUUCCCACUGAACCCGGAUCCCCGGUGGCAGAACUCAAGCCCCCGGUCCAUUUCUCUGGCCCUGCAACAAGCCCUGGGGCAAGAGGUGGCCCGGGUCCGGCAGGGGAGCCCGCAGGGGAGCCCCCGGGGGCCAGGGGUUCCGGGACGCCUUCUGCAGGCUCUGGCUGCCCUACUGAACUCUCCGCAUGGCGGGGCUCUGGCUCUGGCCAUGCAUCGGCAUCCCUUCAUCUCCUGCUCGCUGAUGCGCCAGCUGGACCGCUACCAGCGUUGCGUGCCACAAGACACUGCUUUCUCUUCACUCUUCUUCAAAGUCCUCAUGCAGAUGUCACAGUGGUUGGAGAGUCCAGGGGUGGAAGAAGGGCCCCUCCGGGCUCAGCUCAAAUGGUUUGCCGCCCAGUACUCUUCGCGCCACAGGAUCAGCGACGUCCGAGGCGGGUUUCUCCACUUGGCCGAAGCCCUGGCGUUCCACCGAGAUGCCGAAGUGAUCAGCUCCACCGUCCGGGCCAUCAUCGCCACUCUGAAAUCAGGAGAGAAGUGCGGUGUCGAGCCCGAGCUGAUUGGCAAAGUCCUUCAAGGUCUGAUUGAAAUGAGAUCGCCUUACCUGGAGGAGCUUUUGAGCAUCCUCCUCUCGACCGCUCCCGAAACCACCUCCAAGGCUCCUGCCACCAAGCCGAUCGCUAUCGUGAGCUCCCUUCUGCUUCAGGAGCGCGAGGAGGUUCCGGUGAAGAAGGAGCCGGACAGCUGCGGCAGCGCAGAAGCCGCCCGUCUGGGUCCCUCCUCGGGGCUCCUCGUCGACUGGCUGGAAACACUGGAUCCUGAGGUGAUCAGCAGCUGCCCGGACCUUCAGCAGAGGCUGCUCUUCUCCUGGAACAAGGUGAAGGGUCAGUCUUACUCCCAGAUGCCUUCUUUCCGCCCAUAUCUCUUGGCCCUCCUCACACACCAGUCCAACUGGACCACUUUGCAUCAGUGCAUCCACAGCCUCCUUGGCAAAAACCGGGAGCAGAGGUUCGACCCAUCCGCGUCCCUGGAUUUCCUGUGGGCCUGCAUCCACAUUCCCCGCAUCUGGCAGGGAAGGGACCAACGGACUCCGCAGAAGCGGCGGGAGGAGUUUGUGCUCCGAGUCAAGGCCGCGGAACUGAUCAGCCUGGUGGAGCUCAUCCUGGCAGAAUCGGAAACCCGAAGUCCGAAGCCGGAAGAGGGCUCCUGCAGCUUCAUCCAGUCCCGCCUGCCCCUACUGCUCAGCUGCUGUCAUGGAGACGUAGAGAGCAUCAAGAAAGUGAACGAGUACCUGACGGGCUGCAUCCAGCAGUGGGGAGACAGCCUGGUGGGGAAACGGUGCCAGGACCUCCUCCUUCAGAUCUACCUUCAGCUGCCCGAGCUUCUGGUGCCCAUGCCCGAAACUCUCCUCAACAGCCAGGGGGCUACUGACAGCAGUACAUGCAAGCUUGAUGCCCUGGUUCAUCGAUUCAUCACCCUCCUCGCAGACACCGGCGACUCCAAAUCCUCCGAGGGCCGGGUGGCAGAUGCCAACAUGGCGUGCCGGAAGCUGGCCGUGGCGCACCCCAUCCUUCUGCUCAGGCACCUACCCAUGACUGCUGCCCUGCUUCACGGGAGGAUUCACCUCAACUUCCAGGAGUUUCGGCAACAGAACCAUCUGACCUUCUUCCUUCACGUGUUGGGCAUCCUGGAGCUGCUGCAGCCGCAGGUGUUCCAGGCUGAACACCAGGGGGCGCUUUGGGACUGUCUUCGCUCCUUCAUCCGAUUGCUUCUGAAUUAUAGGAAGUCCUCUCGUCACCUUGCCGCCUUCAUCAGCAAAUUUGUCCAGUUUAUCCACAAGUACAUCACAUGCAACGCCCCAGCGGCGGUCUCUUUCCUACAGAAGCACUCUGACCCACUCCAUGACCUGUCUUCAGAGAACAAUGACCUGGUGAUGCUCAAGUCCGUCCUGGCUGGACUGAGCCUGCCAAGCAGGAGCGGCCCAGCGGACCGGGGAUCGGACGAGGACAGGGCCGAUGAGAGCACAGCAGGUUCUCUGCCACUGGUCAGCGUCUCACUGUUCACUCCUCUGACCGCAGCCGAAAUGGCUCCUUAUAUGAGAAGGCUCUCCAGGGGCCAGACUGUGGAAGAUAUCUUGGAGGUUCUGAGCGACGUCGAUGAAAUGUCCCGACGUAGGCCGGAGAUCCUGGCCUUCUUCUCGACCAACCUGCAGAGGCUGAUGAGCUCCUCCGAGGAGGCCUGUCGCCACCUGGCCUUCAACCUGGCCCUGCGCUCCAUCCAGCACAACCCCAGCAUUGCCGCCGACUUCCUCCCUACUUACAUGUACUGCUUGGGCAGCCGGGACUUUGAGGUGGUGCAGACCGCACUGAAGAACCUGCCCGAGUUCACCCUGCUCUGCCAAGAGCAUGCCGCAGUACUGCUGCACAGAGCUUUCCUGGUUGGGAUGUACGGACAGGUCGAUACCAGCUCCCAGAUCUCGGAGGCCUUGAAAAUCCUGCACAUGGAAGCCAUGAUGUGACGACUGUGUCGGAGCAGAGGGGCCAUUGGAACAAAGCAGCCCUCUGCCUCAUCAGGGACACUCGAACGGACCAUUUCCCUGAGGACUUGUGGGGGCAGGGGGCAGGGGCCAGGGGGCUGAGCCCCAGGAGGUUGGGACUCCAUUCGUGCUCCUGGUGGGCAGAAGGGUAGGAGAAGGGAGCAAGGUUCCGCCCUGGCACUGGGCAUCUGAAUGGGAACAACGGGGCUUUUAAGCAGUGAAACUGGAGCUGGGGGCGGGGGCCUGUUACCCCAGUAACUAUCAGUUUCAGGUCACUUUGGGUGGGAAGGGGGUCUGGGUCCCUAACCCCCUGGCCGCCUUCUCAGAGGGACUCUGGAGUUGGGUGGACAGAUAGGUAGGCUGGAGCUGGGAGGAGAAACAACCCUCAGUCCACACCUAAAGCCACCUGGGGCAGCAGCUGUUCUUUUUAAAUUAAAUCAGUUGAUUUCCA